UGAUUUUUAAAACUUUUUUUUUUGUAUUCAAUAAAAUGACUUUUUAUUAUAGGUUAAAUAUUUAUGUCGUACUUUGGUUGUGUUUCUAGGUAUCCUUGACAACUCGAGCGAUUUAUGCUGAUAUCCUUGCGAUGAAAAGAAGAAUAUCUUCUCCGAACGGCUGUCAUAACCACAUUAGCAUUUUGCUGUUGUUUACCUUUUUCUGAGCUGUAUAAACAGAAUGAAGGUGGCGGUUUUACUCGUCUUGACCAGACUUAUCUUAGGCAAUUCUUCAUAUCUAAGUGGAAAACAUCUCGUCGUCGGAUUGCAAGUUUCCCCAGUUCAUCUCUACGCGGCAAGAAACAGUUCCGGCUACAUUCUCAAGGUCGACGGUGUAGCAGUAAGGACUCUCAAUGCGCUAUCCAAACGAUUUAACUUUACGUACUCAAUCCUUCAGGUUAAUGAUACUCGAUUGGAGAAGCAAAAUGACGCUCUACCAGGACUUGCUUACUACAUGGAGAAAGGAAAAUGUGACUUGGUUCUUGGAGUCAUCGUGAUGACGCCAGGCCGUUUCGCCGUUGUAGACUUUGCAGGAGGAUACACGUACACAUCCGUCGCCAUCGUGAUUCCAAUGCCGAAAUUGUUAGAUAAUUCAUACGCCGUAGCCAAACCUUUUCAGGUUUCGGUUUGGAUCGGGUUAUUAUUAGCAACGCCCAUUACGGCUGUAGCGAUCUACUUUUUCUUACGCCCGUUUAAUUCUGCAUCGGUUUCCGAUACUGCCUCAAUCAACGAGACGCAGGGUGGAAUAAUUCGUCGUGAAACUACGACCCAAAUUGGCCUUGCUGAAGCUUUUUUCCAGGUUUUCGGAAUUCUUUUAAAUCAAGGAGGAUCUUUUCCAGCAAUGCGGCCUGCGUUAUUUUUCAUUGUGGGUUCUUGGUGUCUAAGCGCUUUGGUACUCGGCUGUGCCUACAACAGUCUCUUGAUAUCUUACAUUUUGGGAUCUAAUUAUCAGGCCGCUCUAGUGGUUUCCCCCGCAGAUCUUGUCAAAAAUUCAAAAAUUCAGAUUGCCGUCAACAAAGGGAAUGGCGUGGAUAUCGUUCUUUCGUCGGCGCAAGACGGAAUGUAUAAAAAUCUGGGCGAUAGACUGCGUGCUAACCCAAAAUCCCGCUGCGAAACUACUCAAGAAUGCAUUAACCUUGUGAAAUAUGAAUCCUACGCCUAUCUACACACCAUGUUUGUGGCAAUCGAUAUUAUCGAAGAAGAUUACAAGACCACCGGUGAAUGUAAUCUGGCCUUGGCCAGAAAAACCGACCCCGUACCUGGAUCUCUUGCUUGGGCUCUGCCUAAAAGAAGUCCCUAUACUAAGCUCCUAAGCCUAGGGUUCAUGGAGUUGCACGAAGCCGGUCUGAUCGACGAAUGGAUUGAAAGUGAACAGAAGAAGCGCAAAAACGCAACUCUUUGUAUGAACGAGGCUCGUAAAAGGCAGGAAAUCAAGGCAUCAUCCGACAAUCAAAUCCAAAUCACUCUGGCACAUUUUUCUGGCGCGUUUUACGUCUUGGUCGGAGGUUAUUUCAUUUCCUUUGUUAGUUUCAUCCGCGAAAACGUUUAUUUUAGGGUCUCGAGGUAUUUUAAGAGACCGAAUAAAAAUGAAAUUGUUGAAGGACCUGUGGAUGAAGAAAACAAUGUGCCCUUACCUUGAUGGAUAAUCCACGGUAAACAACAAAAAAGUCUUGAUUCUUGGUCCUUUGAAUGGUUGAUGUUGAACCUCCCAUAAAGUCAGGGACAAAUUGUUGAUAGCAGUAUCCGGUGCUAGUAUUUUUUCUUUGUUUUCUGUUGUUUAAAUAAUAGGUACGGAAUAUAUGA